AUGUAUGACAACAUCUCUGAUUUCACAAGAUAUGAUGACGACCAUGACCCCGAACACGGUGAAGAAGAAGUUUUACAAACAUCCAUUAAGACAGGAAAGGUUUUAACUCAAAGUCUCAUUAUUGACACCAAAGAUGGCGAAGUGGACGUUCUUCAAGAGCUGAAGAAAAAUACUUCUUCGGGAGGUGGUGGUAGGCAUGAACUUGAAAUAAAUGAGAUAGAAGAGAAAUUAGCCGAAAAAGCAGAUAAAGAACAUAAACACAAUAUCUCCGAUAUAAAUGAACUUCAAGCUACAUUAAAUAGUAAAGCGGACAAAAAUGAACUUGACGCAAUGAACAAAGUUUUGAAAUCUCAUAAACACAACAUCUCCGAUAUAAAUGAACUUCAAGCUACAUUAAAUAGUAAAGCGGACAAGAACCAUGUUCAUUAUAUAACUUCAGACGAACAGAUUAUAACGGACUACCAUGGAUAUUUAACACGAAGUGAUGAAGCGAAGACAAAAAAUGUUAAUGAAAGAAGAUAUAAAUACAUUCGUGCUAAAGGUUAUGACAUAAGCUGUACUGUACAGUAUGAUGUAGCUAAAGCACCAGAAGCAUUUGGUUAUACCGGUGAAAUUUAUGCCUCUACUUUCAAUGUUAACG